UUUGCAGGUGCGGGCGUUCUCGGAGUCGGGGCGUGGACGGUAGCAUAUCGACACAGAUACGUGACGUUACUGCCUACCCCGACCUACCCUGCUAUCGCGUAUCUCUUGAUCAUAGCAGGGGCGAUUGGGGUGCCCCUGUCCGCCCUCGGAUGUUGCGGACUCAAGACUGAGAAUAGAACCAGCUUGUUGUGUUACACAUACUUCCUGUUGAUAUCGUUUAUCCUGGAGGCGGGGGCGGGCGGGCUGGCCUACUACUACGAGGUGGCGGUGGAGGAUGAACUCCACGCGGAACUGAACGACACCUUCCUGACCAACUACGCGCUUGACAACGCAGUCACAAACGCCGUGGACAGCAUGCAGACAGAGUUCAAAUGCUGCGGUGCGCUCCGGUAUGAAGACUGGCGUAAAAGUCGCUGGCACGAACACGACCCUCGGCUGUUGGUGCCGGACUCGUGCUGCAAGACCAUCACACUGCGCUGCGGGACCAGGGACCAUCCAUCCAACAUUUACUAUCAUGGCUGCAUACGACAAUUCACCAACCACAUACGAGACCACCUCAUAAUCCUGGCCGCAGUCGGCGUCGGGAUGUCGGUCAUACCCAUCUUCGGUUUCCUAUUCUCAUGCGUGCUGUACGUGAAGAUAAAGCACGUGAUAGACUGACCUCGGCCCGCGGCGUCCAAUACCCGCAAGGUGUUCGACAAGGGCUCGGCGACGGAGCUGCCGCGGGCGCGGGGG